AUGGUCAAGCUUCUCUUCUCUCUUAUGAAGAUUUGCGUGACAACUGCUCUUUCAAUUGCGCUCCUUCUGGGCAACUCUGUCAAGCUCCGAGCUUCCGUUACUGAGCCGGUUCCCUCCGCGGACGGUGAUGGUCCUGCGUCUCGGGCGUGUCAGCAGUGCUGCCAAGGACCUGCUGCCAUACCCGGCAUACCAGGUCUGCCUGGACCAGCAGGACAGAUGGGGCCGUACGGUCAGCCGGGGUCAAAGGGCGUUGCAGGUCUGCCUGGACCGGUGGGACCCUAUGGCCCACCGGGGUCAAAGGGCGAAAAAGGUGAGACGGGACCUAUUGGCCUUAUGGGUGAGCGGGGAGCACCUGGGAACUCUGGAUCUAGAGGAGACGACGGGGUUGGCCUCCCUGGCAAGAUAGGACCGAGAGGUCCACCGGGUAUAGUUGGUGUCAAAGGUCAAAAGGGUGAGCCAGGAGAGACUCCAGACGACUCCAACCAGCGGGUGGCAUUCACCGUGAGAAGGACGAGCAGCUUUACCUCUUCGAGUCACGACACCCGUUUGCCCUUCCAGGAGACCAAGACGCUUCUGGCGGAUACCAGCUUCGAUCUCGGGACCGGUACGUUCACCUGUAAUGUGCCGGGCACCCACGUGUUCAUGUUUUCGGUGCUCAAAAAUCCCAGCAGCAGCCUUUGGGUUCAUCUCCGGGAGAACGGGGAAAUGGUUGUCACUGGUCAUAGCAGUGAUUCGAGUCCCUAUGAGCAGGUGUCUGGGAACGUCGUGCUUGUUCUGCAGCGAGGAGACACGGUGUAUCUGACUAUGUACGGUACGGCGUAUAGUAGUUCCAGUUACUACACCUCAUUCAGUGGCUUCCUCCUUUAUCCCGCAUAG